UCAAAGCGCGAGCCACCCCCGUUCACUCACCUCCGGUGUUGCGCGUGGAGCACAACAGAGAGGGAGAGAGAUGUUUUUCUCUCCCAUCCCCUCAGCUUAGCGUUAUAGGAAAGUUAUUCUUAUACGUAGAUGUUACAGUUAUAUGUAAGGUUUUUCUUUUUUUUAUUUAGGACAGACUGUGUGUAUUUAUGCACUUUUUAGCUGUCCAGCUGUAUGAGGCGAGGGAUGUCUGGAUGAGGUGAUUUUACGCACGCAGUUGAAAUGGAUCAGAGACUCUCCAGAGGCAGUUGGGUACCAGUGACAGGGCUGGUCAUAUGUCUGCUUCUGUGUGCGUGUGUAGUGGACCUGGUUCUUGCGCAAAUUCGGUACUCCAUCCCCGAGGAACUAGAGCAUGGAGCCUUUGUGGGGAACAUCGCCGAAGACCUGGGCUUGGAUGUGGCCAAGCUGUCAGCCCGUCGGUUUCGUAUAGUCUCCGGCGCAAAGAAGCAAUAUUUAGAGGUGAACUUGGAGAAUGGCAUCCUCUUCGUCAACGAAAAGAUAGACAGAGAGGAGCUAUGUGAACGAAGCCCGAGCUGCUUUUUACACUUACAAGUAGUAAUUGAAAACCCAUUAGAAUUAUACAGAGUUGAAGUAGAAAUUUUAGAUGUGAAUGACAACUCCCCAAGUUUUCCAUGGAGCGAGUUUAAUCUUGACAUCACAGAGUCGGCUGCGCCAGGCUCCCGUUUCCCGUUAGAGAGCGCACAGGACCAGGACGUGGGCACAAACUCUCUGCGCUCCUACCAGCUGAGCGCAAACGAGCACUUCGUGUUGAAUAUCCAGACGCGCAACGAUGGAAGCAAGUUUGCUGAGCUCGUGCUGGACACCCCCCUGGACCGAGAACAGCAGAAAAAGCAUGAAAUGGUACUCACUGCUAUUGAUGGGGGGUCACCGGAGCGCUCCGGGACAGCACUGAUAACUAUCACAGUGUUAGACGCAAACGAUAACGUGCCAGUGUUUGACCGCUCAGUUUACAGAGCGAGUCUGGUUGAGAACGCACCGAGGGGGACGCAGGUGCUAAAGCUGAACGCCACAGACCUGGAUGAGGGCUCUAAUGGUGAGGUGACCUAUGCGUUUAGCGGGCACGCACCCUUAAAAGUGAGAGAACUCUUCAACGUGGACCCGUACACGGGUGAAAUUCGAGUAAAGGGCAUUGUGGACUAUGAGAAAUCCAGUGUAUAUGAGCUGUAUGUACAGGCUAAAGACAGGGGACCCUCGGCUGUGGCAGUGCACAGUAAAGUGCUGGUGGACAUCCUGGAUGUGAAUGACAACGCUCCCGAAGUCAUCCUCACAUCAGUUUCCACUCCUGUGCAGGAAGACGCGCCACCGGGCACAGUGAUAGCUGUCAUUAGUGUCAUGGACCGGGACUCAGGAGAAAACGGAAACGUUGACUGCCAAAUACCAAGCAACGUCCCCUUCCAGCUCCACUCAUCUUUUAAAAACUAUUACACUUUGGUGACGAGCGAGUUUCUGGACAGGGAAGCCGUGUCCGAGUACAACAUCACCCUCACAGCACGAGACUUGGGCUCCCCUUCGCUCUCCACCAGGAAAACCAUCCUCGUGCAAGUGUCUGACAUUAAUGACAACCCCCCGCGGUUCGCUCAACCUUCAUACACUGUUUAUGUGACAGAGAAUAACGCCCCCGGCGCUUCCAUUUGCUCUGUGACUGCAUUCGACCCCGAUUCUAACCAGAACGCCUAUCUGUCUUAUUCUAUUCUCGAGGGUCAGAUUCAGGGCAUGCCCGUGUCCACUUAUGUCUCAAUCAACUCCGACAAUGGCAACAUCUACGCACUGCGCUCCUUCGAUUAUGAGCAACUUAGAAACUUUCAGAUUCUGGUUCAGGCACAGGACGCUGGGUUCCCGCCUCUCGCAAGUAAUGUCACAGUCAACGUUUUUGUGUUGGACCAGAACGACAAUGCACCUAUUAUUGUGUCCCCGCUGCCCAAAAACGGCACCGUGGCAACAGAGGUGGUUCCGCGGUCAGUGGACUCUGGGUAUCUAGUUACCAAAAUAACUGCGUUAGACGCGGACGCAGGGCAGAACUCCCGGCUGUCUUAUCAGGUGUUGCAGGCUACAGACCCCGGACUGUUCAGUGUGGCUCUGUACACGGGAGAAAUCAGGACUAUUCGCAGGUUAGUGGAAAAAGACGCUACAAGGCAAAGGCUGGUAAUAUUAGUCAAGGACAACGGGCAGCCGCCGCUCUCCGCCACCGUCUCUAUUGUCCUCACAGUCGUAGACAGCGUGCCCGAGUCGCUGUCAGAUUUCGGAGAUCUCACACUCAGCCCACAGCCCCCCUCCAACCUCGCUCUCUACUUGAUCGUGUCACUGAGCACAAUUUCUUUAAUAUUCCUGGUGGCAAUUAUCGUGCUGGCUGCGGUCAAGUGCUACAAGGACAGGGAGACCGUCAGCGGCUACAACCUCCCCCCGUUCGCCUGCUGCUGUUGCGGGGGGUUCCAGCCGGAUCCGCCCCCAGAGGUGUUCAAAAAAUCCAACCUCAACCUGCAGAUUUCUUCCGCGGCAAAAGUGCCCACAAAUUGUAUGGAGGUGAACGGAAACAGCAGCCUCUCUCAGUCAUACUGUUAUAAAGUGUGCCUGACUCCCGAAUCUGCCAAAAGUGACUUCAUGUUUCUGAAGCCGUGCAGCCCCGGCAGCACACCGAGGAACAACGAGGCGAAGAGCGCAGAGAACUCGUGGAACGCGCAGAGCCGAAGCGCGUCUGUGAACAACGGAGCAACAACUCCCAAUGAGCUGAAGCAGCCAAACACAGACUGGACCCUCACAAAAAAUCAGAACUCCUCCAUUAAAAGUUAUAACUCUAUCAACAUGGAUGGCACCCUCAUGCGUAAGGCCAUGCAUGCAGACCCAGAGAACUAUGUCACCUCCAUGGCACCUGGACAGUACUGGACCUGGGGAACUCACAUGAGAGGCAUGAAAGACUACAAGAUGUCUCCUUCAACCAGCGGGGUACCCUCUCGCCCAUGGACUCCUCGCUGCACACCUCCUCCCCAGCAGCAGCAGCCAUCCAUCCCUCCACACCCUCACCCACACCCACCACCCGACUACCACCACAAUAUGUACAUCCCAGGGACCCCAUCAGGCUUUUGCACCCUCAGGCCUGCAGCGCAGCGAAGUGAGCUAGAUGUCCACAACUCCUUCUCCACUUUUGGCAAGAAGCGACGCCUUCAGAUGUCCCCCCAAGGGGAGGCUGCGAUAAUAAAUAAUGACUUGUAUAAUGACUGAUGAACCAAUGACUGUCUGAAGGGAUGAUUAAUAUGACGAAUAACCUCAUCUCAACAUAGAGGAAGCAAACAUUUGGUAGAUGAAUUAAUGGAUAUUUGAAUUAGGUGGAUCGAAAAAACAGGAUGUACAAUUUAUAGAGAUAUAAUGAACGAACAGUUCAUUUUGGCUAAAAUGCUGAUGGGAAAUGAAGUCUUAUGGCCAAUUAAGUGACUUGCCACUAAAUCAUGGCCAAUGUAUGUGUCUGCUUAUUAUUAUUGUUGUUGUUGUCGUUAUCAUCAUUAUUCAUAUAAUAAUUUAGACAAUCAAACUGCAGAAGCGAUUUCAUCCAUUGUGUUUUGAAAAAAGCAUUGUUGGAAAAUAAUUUUUGCACAUCCUUAUGAAUUUAUAUUUUUUGGUUAAACAAAAAGAAAAAGUGUUUUUCUUUUUGGAUGUUUGUUUGCUGACAGAGCUUGAGUGAAUUUGACAAAUAGUAUGAAAAUGUACUAUUAUGCAAGCUGCAACAUGAUGCAGAUAACUGUAUAGGCCGGGGAAUUUUCCCACACAUGUACUGUAUACAUUUAUGAGAAUAAAAUAUUUUUUUCAAA